UCACUCGAUCGAAAUGAUAAGAAAUUCUUCCUGCAACUGAAUGGUCAUUGGUUCGAAUUUGUAUAUAUCUCUACUCGAAAAAAAAUUCUCCAAACCCAAGGGGGGUCUCCAAGUGGCUCCGCCACUGCCUAUAUAUUCAUUGACCCAGUUCGACCAACCGUGAGGAUCAAACUGGAUCAGUUUGUCUACAUAGUCAGUUUAGGGUCACGUCAUCUUUUGGUGAUAUAAGGUACUAAAUUGUAAUACUAGUGAUUUGAAAUUGAGGGAGGAUAGGGUACCAACUACCAACAUAUUUGACAUGUUUGUAAAACUUUAAAGUUCAAGGUACUAUAAUGUAAGAAAAAUAUAUAAUGGUACUAAAACAUAAAUUUCUCAUAAAUUUUUUUGAAUCGCUAUUCGUCGCACUAAAAUUUAAAUUAUAUUGCCCUAAAUUGUACUAAAUUGACAAUUAUAUCCUUGUAUCCAAAUUCGGUCCGUAAUCUCUAAUUUGGACUACCGCUGCUAUUCCCACAACCCACCGCCGCGCCUCGUCCAACGACCGCUACCGUUCCCCCAACCCAAAUUCAAUCUGUAAUCCCUAACUUGGACAACCGCUGUCGUUCGGCGCAACCCGCUGCCGCUCCCAUUCCCCCCACCUCGCCGUCCUCCUAUCAUUACUGAGAAAGAAUCCGACCAGCCGUGAUUCCCCAAUCCACCGGCCCGUCGCCGAAGAGCUCGGGGGCAGGUCGCCAACCAUUUCUGCUUAUACAUGGGUUUCAGAUAAGGGUUCAUUUCUGCUUCUACAUUGCAUGGCUUUCAUAUAAGGAUUCCCACUACUGAUCAUCACCAUGCCUGCCUCUUUAGUUGAUUCCGUCACGGAAACCAGAACAUUGUGUAUGAAGAAUAGCCAAUAUGUUUUGUUAUGUAUUCGCUUUCGUGUUUACCUUCAGGCAAAUGAUCAUGGACUAAGGAUACUUAAGUCAUUUUAAUGAAUAUUAGGGCGACGAAUAAAGAGUUUUAGAGCGACGAAUAUCAAUCCUCAAAUUUUUUUAACCUAUUUGCAACAAAAAAAAAAUAAGUACUAAAUUGUAAUAAAAAAAGAAAUUUGGAUACCAAAUUUAAUUUUCAAAAAAUCAACUUGUUAAUUGAUUUGAACUAACCCGCUUACUCAGCCUGACCUGACCUUUCCGAAAUGAAUCAAACAUGAUCAAGGAGAAAACAAGAGCGUGACGGGUAAGUUCUACAAAUCACGGUCACAUAAGUUCUUAACGGUCAGUAAGAGAGUUUUUGCUAGUUUCAGGCAGCCCUGAUAAUUUAUGAUUCCUAUGCCUACGAAUACUUCCGUCCGUUUCACCGCUCCGGGAUCAGAUCGCCGGAAACGGACAUCUGAGCUACAGAGUCCGAUGAUAAUAUUAAUAUUGGGGUCGAAGCUUUAGAUGUAAUGGCCGCUACGCACGACCCUACUGCAUGCUCAUCAACUGGGUCCUAGUUUCAGUCCUACAUCGACCUUUUCUUCCUUUAGCGCCAACCCCAUAUUUCUUCCCUUAGCGCCAACCCCAAUCCCCCCAACUGUGCUUCAAAGCGAAGCAGACGAUCGAUCAGUCUCUAUACAUAUCCGAAACCAAUUAACAAAUCCCUCCCCAAUCCCCAGAUGUGUAUAAAUCAACAGUUGAAUCGAUCCCCCAAGAUCCACCCACCAGACAAUAAUUAAUAAACUGAUCAUGGAAUCACUUACCGUGACCAGGCACGCUCGCACUCUGGUUCAGCCAUUUCGCCGAACACCUUCCGGGCGUCUCGACCUCUCCUUCAUAGACAGCCUGCCCGUGCUCCGAUGCAACGCCCGUACCCUCCACGUGUUCAGAAGUGGCGGCGCCGAAGCCGCCGCCGUUAUUCGAGAAGCCCUAUCGAAGGCGCUCGUCACUUACUACCCUCUCGCCGGAAGGCUCGAACAGCUGGAAACCCUCCUGGUCGAUUGCUCCGCGGAAGGAGUGUGGUUCGUCGAGGCAUCCGCCGACGGUUCCGUCACUCUCGACGAUGUCAAUUGCUUCGACGACAAUGUCGAGUCCAUUCCUUAUGAUCGUCUGCUCCCCGACGGCGGAGCUGAACAGGGAGCGAGGGAACCCCUAGUUCAGAUGCAGGUCACCAAGUUCGCCUGCGGCGGAUUCGUGAUCGGCCUCAUAUUUUGCCACGCCAUCUGCGACGGCCUCGGCGCCGCGCAGUUCCUGAACGCUGUAGGCGAGAUCGCCAGAGGGAUCGACUCCGACCGCCUCUCCGCCGCCCCUGUCUGGCGCCGAGACUUCUUCCCACAGAAACCCAAUCCAUCAUCCGCCUCACUCGCCCCGCCGCCGCCGCCUCUCCCCCCAAUCCCUAAUUACAACCUGCAGCAGGCCAACAUCGACAUCCCAAUCGACGAAAUCAACCGCGCCAAAAUCCAAUUCCACGCCUCCACGGGCGGGAAAACCUGCUCCACUUUCGAGGCCGUCGCCGCCAGCCUCUGGAAGCACAGAUCCGCCGCGAUAGAUCUGGAUCCGAGCGCGGAGGUGCAGCUCGUCUUCUUCGCGAACUGCCGCCGGCUGGUGGACCCCCCGCUCCCCGACGGUUUCUACGGGAACUGCUUCUUCCCGGUGAAGGUGACCGCCUCGAUCGGUUCGCUGGCGGCGGGGGCGGUGGCCGGAGCGAUCGAAUUGAUUCAGGAAGCGAAGGGGAGGUUGAGGUCGGAAUUCGAGAAAUACGUGAAGGGAGAGGAAGGGGAAGAGGAGGAUCCUUUUGCGCCGCCGCUGGUGUACACGACUCUGUUCAUAUCGGAGUGGGGGAGGCUGGGGUUCAACGGCGUUGACUUCGGGUGGGGCCCGCCGGCGAACGUGGUCCCGAUUCAGGGGUCGGGGAUUAUACCGGUCGGGAUCGUCGGGUGGCUGCCGCUGCCGAGGAAGGGCGUCCGGUUGAUGACGUGGUGCGUUGAGGAAGCUCAUCGCCCCGGUUUGAUCCGCCGUAUGGCCGGCGAUGGAAAUUGAAAUAACAAGCUUUGGUUUGCUUUUGCUUUUUCUUUGUAUAUUGUCCCGGACCGAUGAUGAAGAUUGAAGAGAAUAAAACUGUAAAAGUAAACAAAAGGAUUGAAUUGAACGUGGCGGUUUUUCUUCAAUUUCCGACGACAAGUAUUGGGCUUGGGCUGGGGCCGGGGCCGCGAUUGCGGCCCAUUUAUAGUUUCAACCGCAAGGGUCCACAAAGUUUGAUCCUUAGCCAGAUUGGUCCAAUAGCAAACGGCCACGUUUCGUUCCAGGGAAUCCAAGGUUGCUUUUUUUUUUUUUUCACAACUGACACGCCUACCCUACAGCUCCUCUUCCCGCUCCCGGGAAAAAGUAAAGGUGGGAAAAAGAGAAAAGGGCGCGUGCGUGGCUAGCCGCUAGCUGGGAAGAUCUCUAGUUUUCAGAUCCAACGGUUGGGAUGCCAUGGCGGUAACCUAUCAGCCGGACUAAUAAUAAAAAUCAUAUUUAUUCAAUUCAUAUUUGGAGGGAAGAAGAAUAAUACGUACGGUCUUUGGGUCAACUAUAGGUUUUUCCAAUCAUAAACUACCACGUGCCCCUUGCCCCCCCUUAGCGACAUUUUCAAUCAAUAAUGUUUAUUUUGUGAGGAUUUAAUAACUUCAAUUUUGAUAUUUAUUAUUGUAUGAGUCUUGUGUAAAAGAACUAAUAUGGGUUCUCAUGAGCAAUGAAUUAUAUACUAUUAAUAUUCCUGCAUCUCAAAUUAUUGUAUUUCUAAAUCAAGUUAUAUAUCAUUCUCUUGAGUGUUUCAUCUAAUUAAUUGUAAUCUAACUGACAUAAAAAUGCCAAAAAAAUAUCUUAAAGAUCACUUGCCAAGUCAAUUGACCAAAAUAUUUAGAUGCCAUGAUCUUCAUUUACUUUCAUAAGAUUUAUAGUUAAAGCUUAAUUUAGGGGGACACAAUUUUAGUUCUUUCAAUGCUUAACACACAGAGAGCUUGAAACCGUUAAAAGACCUGAAAGCAUACAUUUUGGAUUUCACAUACUCAAAGGAACUAAUAUAACCAAGUAUUAGAUCAACAUGUGGGCUCACUAUAUCCAUAAUCGACUAAUAUUGAAUUAAUUAGUAAUCAUUGAAUUCAAAAUCGAUCAAAUUAUUUCACAAUUAUAAUCUCCUGUAGUCAUUCAAAAUAACAAAUCCAACAAUUUUAAUCACGUGAGAUCAAUAUUAAAAACAAUAAUAGUGUCGCACAAAUUAAAAUUGGGAUUAACAAUUACAUUAGUACGCACAUAUCAAUAGUAAAAUAUACAAACAAAAUCCAAACAAAUAUAUGCUCGAGCUAACUGAUCCAGUAGGAAAAAAUUGACUCUUAUACUUGAAAGUAUCUGCUAAUAUGUUUUAAAAUAAUUUUAAAUGUGCUUUCAUAUUCUUUCAUCCCGAUUAGAUUUUAAUUUUAGGUUUUAAUAAUCGAGACAUUUGUCAAACUACAUAUGAGGUUUGAGUGAUUGAGAUGGUUAUUAAACCGGUGGCAAAACCGCCGGUAGAAUCAUGUUGAACCGAUAUCGAACAUAAAAGUGUCUGGAAUACUCCCGGGUAUGACCAAGAUGCUCAAAUUUAAUUAAUAUUGUUUUGUGAUUUAUUUUAUGAACUUGAAAGUGAAAUGUUGAUGUAAUUUGUUGGAAUCAAGUAUAAAUGUUGAGUGUUGACGUUAAAUAUUGUAUUGAAAUAUGAUUAUGUUAUUUUGUUUGAAAUGUUGUAUUUUAUUUAAUAUGAAUGUAGAUUGUAAGGAGAUAGCCUUAAUUUUAUUUAUAUAUAUACGCUUAAAUUCAUAUAAUAUUAAUGGAAUUUUACAUUUUCUACAUAUUUUAUUAAACCGACAUUAACCGA